UAAAGUAAACAAGUUCAAAUAUUUGGCAAUAAAGAGGUGUACACUAAGGUCAGAGUGCUCUGCAGUCUCUAAAAUCUUAACUUGCAAAUUAAUUAAAGCUUGGAUUUCUUAUGUGUUCACUAAAAAAGAGCUGGAAAGUACAUAUUUUGAAAUGAUAGUAGUUGAUGAUAGUAGUUGAUGAUAGUAAUGAUAGUAGUUGGGGGUACAGCAGGGUAUCUCACAGGGAUUGGGCAACACACACACACACACAAAACACACACACGCACACACACACACACACACACACACACACACACACACACACACACACACACAGACAGUAGGAAGGCAAACGAGAGGGUGAGAAAAAUCUGACUGGUCAUAGAUGGCUUUCGGCUGAAGCAGCAGGGUCCCCAGGGUUUGAUUUGGCUAACAAGCAGCAUAUGGACUCCUCAGAUCGAGCAGAGACACAGCACAGAGGCUGCAAGAAUACUACACCCAGACAUGUAUUAAUGUUCACAAAAGGCUGGCAACCACUCCAUUCAUGCACACGGACAGACAGACAGACAGAUGGAAAGAGAGACAGUGGGAUGGAAAUAUAUCUAGAUGCACAAAAACAAACGUCUACGGUGUAGUGGGAACGAUAUGGAUGGUCGGGUUGUCUUUGCCACUGUCUUGUAUGUGAUGUUAUACCGGUGGAAAUGACUGAAGGCCUGAGCGUCUGUGGGGACUGCAGCAAGUGUGUGUGCGUGUGUUUGCCUGUGUGUGCGUGUGCGCAGAUUGGCACCCCCUGUCGGUCGGUGUGGUCACGCACAGACGGUGACGUCGCCAUCAUCAUCAUCCUCUUCACCACCACCACAUAGUCUGUUUACAGGGUCACUCCGCUAAACGGAGCACACAUUUCUCGCUUGGACAGUGGAUCUGCAGCCCUGUAUACUAAACAGGAGAACGAGCUUUUCAUCAUGAACUGCGAUAUAGAUGGAGACAUGGAGAACCAGGUGGAGAUGGAGGAGAAGACGAGGUUAAUAAAUCAAGUUUUGGAACUUCAGCACACACUAGAAGACCUCUCAGCGCGUGUUGACGCAGUCAAGGAGGAGAACCUGAAGUUAAAAUCUGAGAACCAAGUCCUUGGGCAGUAUAUUGAGAACCUCAUGUCUGCCUCCAGCGUCUUCCAGACCACCGACACCAAGAGCAAACGGAAGUGAGGUACCCUCAGAGAAAAACAAAGUCCCAGGCCAGCAGCUGGGAGAUGGAACCCACCACUGAGACAUGGAAAGGGGUUUGUUUUAUUAGCAGAUCUGGGUUACUUUAACCCUUCUAGAGUCGGAACUAACUAUUUAAUUAUAAAAAAAUAUAAACUGACUUUGUCACUUGUCCUGCUGACUCAGAAAUAGAUACAUUUAAUGUUAGUUUGACCCAGGUCUGUUUUGCAGCAGCACCCUCUCCACACUAAAAACAUAACCAGACUAUGUACAUGAAGUGGUUAAGGGUCAUUUGUACUGUCAGUUUCUUCUUGAUGCUCUCUGUCAAAGUAGUAUUUGUAAAAUAAUUCUUUGUUCGGCUUUACCUGCUUGGUUUUGUGUUUGAGGAAAAUUCAGAUUUUGUGUGUUUUUUUCUCACAGGUCUCAAACUGACCUGUAAGUGGAUGAAAACAAACCAACAAUAUUCCAAAUACUGGUUGACCAUAAAGCUCAUUUCAACACUGGUUUAUGUUUUUUUUUUUUUGUAAAAUAUUUUUUACAUCAGCUGGAUCUGAGUUUUUCAGUAGGUCUUGGAUGUAAUCAUGUUGAUAGGAAACAUGACUAUUCUGCCAUUUAAAGCGGGCACAUGAACAGUAUUAGAGAAUAAAAUGUAUUUGGAUUGCA